GAUUUAGUUUCUCAUGUGUUUGCGUGUUUCCUGAUGACGGUACUGUACAAACCGAUGUUUAUAAAGUGCUUUGUUUGAUCAGAAAGACAGAAUGUGAGGUCCAAGAAAGAAUAUACUGAUGUUACAUAUAUUUCGAGAUAGUGUCCACUUUCAUCUGCUGAGUGAAAACAGAAACUGAUUUAAAUUUUCUGCAGAAGAAAAAAAAACAACUUUAUAACUAUAUAUUGAUUUUGCUGUAUUUUUUUAUUCUCCUCAAGAAACGUCACCAAAAUUAUUGAAAGGAAGAACAGCCCUUGUGUUGCUUGUUUGCGGAAGAGUGAGCAGGUAGUUGAAUGCAGCCAUGGUGUUAAUCCUAGGCAGGAGAUUAAACAGGGACGACCAUGGGGUACACGAUUCCCCAGCCACCAAGCGGAAGGUCUUCGAGGGGGACUCCAAGACGCUGGGGAGCCAUGACAUCUUCGAUUUCUGCUCGGGGUCGACUCAUGCUGAGAGCAUCCUGCAGGUGUUCAACGAGUUCAGGGAUAGCCGUCUCUUCACCGACGUGAUCAUCUGCGUGGAGGGCCGCGAGUUCCCUUGCCACCGCGCCAUCCUUUCUGCCUGCAGCAGUUACUUCAGGGCCAUGUUCUGCAACGACCACCGCGAGAGCCGCGAGAUGCUGGUGGAGAUCAACGGCAUCCUGGCUGAAGCCAUGGACAGCUUCCUGCAGUACGUCUACACGGGCAAGGCCAAGAUUACCACAGAGAACGUCCAGUUCCUCUUUGAGACCUCCAGUCUCUUCCAGAUCGGGGCCCUGCGCGACGCCUGCGCCAAGUUCCUGGAGGACCAGCUGGAUCCCUGCAACUGCCUGGGCAUCCAGCGCUUUGCAGACACCCACUCGCUCAAGCACCUUGCCAGCCGCUGCAGGACCUAUGCUCAGCAGAACUUCGCAGAUGUGGCCCAGCAUGAGGAGUUCCUGGACCUGCGCCGGGACGAGCUGGUGGCGAUCAUCUCCAGUGACGAGCUGGUCGUUGGCAAGGAAGAGACGGUCUUUGAGGCCGUCAUGCGCUGGGUCUACCACGAUGUGGACUACAGGAGGCCCAUGCUCAAGGAGCUGCUCCAUCACGUUAGAAUGCCCCUGCUGCACCCCAACUACUUCGUCCAGACUGUGGAGGGAGACCAGAUCAUCCAGAACUCACCUGAGUGCUACCAGCUGCUGCACGAGGCCCGGAGAUACCAUGUGCUGGGCAACGAGAUGAUGUCGCCCAGGACCAGACCUCGCAGAUCCACAGGCUUUUCGGAGGUGAUCGUGGUGGUCGGGGGCUGCGAGCGAGUAGGGGGCUUUAACCUCCCCUACACCGAAUGCUACGACCCAGUGACGGGAGAGUGGAAGUCUCUGGCCAAACUUCCAGAGUUCACCAAAUCUGAAUAUGCAGUCUGCGCUUUGAGGAAUGACAUCCUCGUCUCAGGUGGACGGAUUAACGGUCGGGAUGUUUGGAUGUAUAACUCUCAGCUUAACAUGUGGAUCAGGGUUGCCUCCUUAAACAAAGGCAGAUGGCGUCACAAGAUGGCUGUCCUCCUGGGAAAGGUGUAUGCAGUCGGGGGCUACGACGGGCAGAGUCGUCUGAGCAGCGUGGAGUGCUACGAUUCCUUCUCAAACCGCUGGACCGAGGUGGCACCCAUGAAAGAGGCAGUCAGCUCCCCUGCUGUGGCUAGCUGUGCCAACAAGCUCUUCGUGAUUGGAGGAGGGCCAGAUGACAACACCUGCUCCGACAAGGUCCAGUGUUACGAUCCCGAGUCGAACACGUGGCUGCUGCGUGCAAACAUCCCCAUUGCAAAGAGAUGCAUCACCGCCGUGUCUCUGAACAACCUGAUCUACGUGUCCGGAGGCCUCACCAAGUCCAUCUACUGUUACGAUCCCAUUGAGGACUACUGGAUGCACGUCGUGCACACGUUCAACAAACAGGAAAGCUGUGGAAUGUCGAUAUGUAAUGGCAAAAUCUUCAUCCUGGGAGGAAGGGGGGAGAAUGGAGAAGCCACAGACACUGUUUUGUGCUACGACCCGGCCACAGGAAUCAUCACAGGGGUGGCAGCCAUGCCCCGGCCCAUCUCCUACCACGGCUGUGUGACCAUCCACAGAUACAAUGAGAAGUACUACAAGCCCUGAGGCACUCAAUCCAGGAUGGACACUUCAAAUUCACAACUUGAGGAGACUAUCUUCAGUCCCGUGGAAAUAUCUUAGAAUAGAGAUAAGAUGAGCUUUGUUUCUUUGGAGCGGUGUAUUUUUAUUUUUUAGUGGUUUGGAUUUAAUUUUGGUAGAAGUGAGUGCAAGUUAGUAACUUUCUGUAUAACAUUGCCUUACUCAGUUUUAGUUUUUAAUUAUAUAAGAUUAUGAUAAGAAUGUGCCUUCAUUCAUCAGAUCAGUUUUGUUACUCAAGUGUAAAAGGCCAUUGAAAACCAGAUCAGGUUCACUGACUUUCAUUUCUACUGCUGUAGAAUAUGACUGCAAAUCAGCAUGUCAGAUAUUUUGUAUUGCAAGCUCUGUACCUUGGCUACGCCUGCUGCUUCACAUUUGGAAAAGUGCCUUAGUCCUGGGCUGAAACUCUCCAGCUCUGAUGUCAACUGGCCUGGGGAUAAAUGGUUGAGAGUAUUAAGAGAAUACAGCAACCUAGCCCUAUUGUAACUUUAAAAACAAAUCUGCUUUAUUUUGCAACUUUGAGAGUGCUUAAGGUGUUUGACCGCUUUAAAAAAAAAUAGGAGUUAAUUCAAGACUGGAGUAAACACUUUGGAAAUAUGACCCUAAGUAGCGGAACCCCAAUACUCGCUCUUUAAUGCCUCAUUCUUCUGUUUCCAGCAGAAUGACACCUGAAGUGUCAAGGUAAGGAAGGGUGAACUCAGGUAUCGAGGAAAGUGUGGAAGUCCAUACUGCCACCUGUUUCUGAAGCUUCCCAGAGUGAACCUCUUUGCUGGGCCAUAUUCUUCAGCAAGCAGUUUACAACGGAGUAGGUACAAAUAUAGCAAUAUUGUAUCACUUGUCAAAAAUAGUUUGUUAUAUUUGGGUUAGCAAGAGUAAUACUUACUGUAAACAAGUUGUGACAUAAACUAAAGACAGGAGUUGAAGAUUAAUUUAUCAACUACUAUAAAACCGCAAUUGCUAAACAUUUUGCAAGAACACUAGUUUUUAUGAAUUAAAAUUCUAAGAAGUCAAUUAGAUUUUAUGACUAAUGCCCAAACUGUUUCGGGACCAAAUUAAAACCAGCCCAGGAAGUUUAAAAACAGAAGUUAACUAAACAGAUGUUGCCAGGAUUCACAGCAGGCAUUAUCAUAUAUUGAACUUCAAUCUAAAUCAUGGGGGCAAUCAUCCAUUGGGUAUAAUGUGCUUGCACUGGUGUUACUGGGAUGAAAACUUGAUUAGACUAUUGUGUAUAUAUAAAAUAAUAAUAACUGCAUGAUUUAAUUUAAAAAUAAAUGCAAUAUGCAUUUCAACUCAGUUAUUGGCCAGUAAUCAGUGGCUAUGAUUUGGUGCCUAAAUUCUGCAGCUGUUAAUAUGUAGAAAUACUGAAAAUAAAUUAUUUUACAAACAUUUCAAUGAGAAUCAGUGGCCUAUAUUUUCCCCUAGAGGAAAAUCAGAACACAGGUCUUCGCUGGUACAUGUGAUUAGGUGUAAAAAUCUGUUUGUUUAUAGUAGGAAACAAAUCGGCAGUCUUUGUCUCUGAGUCUAACACCUGGAAUUAACACCACUAUCCUAAAAAUUGGUCCUACAAAUAGCAAUAUCAGAAAUCGUCAUAAAACACAUUAUUGUGAGCGAUCAUCUUAUUUAAAGGCUGCAUGUUAAAGCCAGUAAUGUACCUGCUCAUCCACUGGGUAUCACUGGUGUUACUCAGAUGAAAACUUGAUGGCACUGUAUUGCAUACACAAACCACGUUAUACCAGUGGAGACAUUGAUAAAAAACGUCUCGUGAAAACUUGUCAAAGGAUUUUAGUUACUUGUUAGUAUUUCAACUCAGUAUUAUAAUUCUGGAUGUUUAUGUUAAUAAGCUGAUAUUUUCUUUUAAUGUGUCAGCUGUUUUUUGUACAUGGUGCUCUGUUUAUGGACUUGCGCAUCUUUUUUGUUUCAUUGUUUCUUCUCCUUUUUAUAGCUGUCAGAGCCCCAACAGUACGCUCUGUUCUGUAGAAAAUGCCUUGAUAGUUGAAUAAUGUAAAUACUGUAAUGUAAAUAAGUGUUUAUUUUACUGUAUCAGUAAAUGUUUUUAGCUUGAGUUCAUGUAAAGAGAAGUGUGUUGCACCUGCAAGCUCUAUGCCCCAUGCGAUGUUGAGUUCUGAAUGACAGAGAUUGGCAGGUCAGUGCAGAUUUGUAGCAUGAGCGAGCCCUUGAUUACAAAUGUGCAGAAAGCAGAACCAGGAACAAUAAAAACAGAUUUUCUGGUGCAUUUACCUCUUUAAUAUUAUAUCAUAACUGGUAGAAAUUCCAAUGUAAUUUCAUGAAAAAAAUUUAAACAAACAGCCUUAAUUCUUACUAUGCAAAGUGCUGUUAUUGAGUGCAAGUACAUAUUUACACAGCAGUGCCUUCCAUAAGCACUCGCGUGUUGCUUUUGAAAAACCCUGUUCGCUGGAAGACUGACCUACAGCUGUUGCAUUGCUUGGCUUUAGUCUUUUGUUAUUAUUUUAUCAGUCAUAUAAAGGAAUGCAAUUUAGCAAGAGAUUUGAGUGCAGCUGUCACAUGGUAUAAUAAAGUGAUUUUCAGUCCUGGUCCAUAAGUCAGUCUAGGUUUUUAGAGGGGUGAUGUGAUCGAGCAGGCUUGUGAGUUUCUGUGACCGCGGCGACAGUUUAGUGAGUAUUUACGCGAAUGGCUAAAAGGGUUAAAGAUUUACUUUUUUCUUAUGUUUUUUGUUUGUUUUAAAUAUAUAUAUUUUCAUAUUUUGGUAACCUUUUGUGGACUGAGUUUGUUUGAUACAUACUGCAUGAUGUUUUUGUCCUGGGUGAUUGUAUGAAAAGGAGCAGUUGGCCAGAUGAGGACCAUACGCAGAUGAUAACGCUGUGCUUGAGUAUGCUUUUGCAGGCUGCUUGAACAUCGAGCGAUGGCGAUGGAUGAAGAUCCACAGAGGCACCGCAUUUAUCUUAUUUAAAAGCUGCAUGAUAAACCAAUUUAGCUUUCUAUUCAUAAGCCAGUAAUGGUACCUGUUAUGGUUAUAUUACUGUAUGAUGUGAUAACUGUUCUUUUUAUUUUACUAGUUCUAUUUAAAUGUCUGUACGAGUGUUAAUCCACUUCACUAUCAGUGUAUUAGAUGUAAUACUGAUGCCUUUAUAUCAUAAAAGAAUGUUCUUUAA